UUAUCCAGACUGUUCAACCGAUGACUUCAUCCACACAUUCCCAGACAUAAAAGUUCAUUUAUGUGAAAUAAUCGCUUUUUUCUGCUUGAAAUACCGUGCAGUUGUUUUGUUUACACAAACAUGGCUCCUAUAUAGUUCUUCAUGAGUGUAGCGCUGACUGUGAAUUUUCACCACUUUAUUCCCAUAUGGAUUUUUCGUGGUAGCCGCCUUAUAUCGGUACAGGUUAGUGGACAGAUAUACCUGUGACUGUUACCUGUACUUAUCGACUUUGAUUACCGCAAGGAAGAAAAUCUGAUAGAUGAUGAUGAAUGGAAGUAACAAUUUUGAAAUUACCGAAGCGUGCAUACAGAUUGUUAAGCAUUGCACACGGUUCAGUUUUCUCAAAUAGGUGACGAAUCACAUGGAGAAAAUAGUUUCCCUGACUAUAUAAGCUUUCAUUAUGUGUGAUUUUGUAUGCUAUUUCUGAUUUCACUCGCUCAGGAUGGCAUCCGUGGCGAAAAUCGCAUCCAUUUUCAUCCUGUUUUUCGUUACGUUCUUAAUUGGGUUAUUGCCCCUGGCAGUGCUUAAAAUCUUUGAGAGGAAUCUGGUCUCUCAAAACAAGCUCAAGAAAUGGAUCGGAAUUCUGAAUUGUUUUGCGGGUGGGAUUUUCUUCGGAACAGCCAUCUUGCAUUUACUCCCAGAGUCCGUGGAACUGUUAGAGGAGUCCAUCGCUUUUGAAUACCCGAUUGCUGAGGCAGUGACAGGAGCGGGGUUCUUUCUGAUUCUGCUAAUCGAACACGUCAUUGGAUCUUGCGGGUUCGGACAUGCUCAUCAUAUGCACGAUACAGGGCACGAAAACCCUGUUCACAAGGACGCAAAAAGCGAGGAACAAUCAAGUACAUUCGAUGAAAUACCAUCGAAUAAUAUAGGAUCAGAUAAAAACGGUGAAUGUAUAGGAACUGCCAAAUAUGGUACGAUAAUGCUCGCCGACACAAAGGAGGAAGUAAAAGUCUCGAUUCCGAAAAGAGAGACAGAACCGGAAGUGAUCAUAGAGAAACACGACACUGAUUUCCUUGCGUUUAGAUCCAUCAUCCUACUAAUGGCGCUUUCAAUUCACAUGAUCUUUGAGGGUUUGUCCGUUGGCCUUCAGAAAACUGAUUCGGAUGCUUGGAAACUCCUUGGUAUUCUGGCGCUUCAUAAAUGCACUGUCGCCUUCAGCGUGGGGCUGCAGCUAGCUGAAGGUCUCAAGCGGCUUCGCUCCGUGAUUGUGUCCCUCACUUUGCUCUCGAUUGUAGCUCCAAUUGGCGUUGUCAUUGGUUACAUCGUCACGGAGACAGGACAAGACAGUCGGAGCGAAAAUAUCGCAGCUGGGGUGCUGCAGAGUUUGUCUGUGGGGUCGUUCAUUUACGUGACAUUUUUUGAAAUCCUAAACAGAGAAUUAACGAAAGGACGGAAUCUCCUCAAGGUCGUGUUCACAAUGGUCGGGUUUGGACUUGUGAUAUUACUGCAAUUCUUCAAGGACGAACACCACGACAGCGACGGAGGAGGAGUGUAGUAAGCCUGAGUGGAACGUAUCAGAUGUGUGAUACUGUGACAUUUAUAAAUGAAUAUACAUGUUUAUAUUUUUUUUUUUACAUGAAAAAAAAAGUUUCCUGUGCAUGGACAUUAAUUAAUGCAUUAUAAGCGCGAGCAUCACUUCAAUAUCUAUCGACAGAGUAUUUUUUGUGUAACAGCUAUUUUUGUAUUUUUCUUUUUUUUUUUUUUUUUUUUGUUUGAGUAUUCGUGUUUUUGCGGAAAUAAUAUAAAUUUGAUGCAAAAGAAUCGAUUUAGAAACUGGAAUCGUCAUUUCUUGUGUAUUACUUACAUUUAUAACACGUCUGUGGUUUGUUUAAUUGAUUACUUCUGUGUAUAAAAACGUCAUCAGGUUUUAAAAUUCAAACAACUUAAAGGGGCAUGGACACGAUUUAAGCUUAAAAAAAAAAUUAUUUCAUUUUUUUUAUUAUUAUUGUUUACAAUGCUUAACUAAAGUAUUUCUAAUUGUCAGCCAAAAUUUGAAUAUCAAUUGUUGAGUUACAAGAGAGAUAUAUAGGCUCACAGUUCUUUGUUAUAUAAACAAGGCUUGUGCCAUGUUUUUGUUUACACUUAUAGACUUGUAAAUUUAAAAAAAAAAUCUGCAUUAAUUGAAACGUUUACUAGUAUAUUCAUAUCUCCCACGUAUCUUCACAACGGACAUCCAAAUUUUUGCUGACCAUUAAAGAUACUUUAGUUAAGCAUUGUAAACAUAAUGAAUGUAUUUAUAAAAUCUGGAAUUUUUCAGCUCAAAUCAUGUCCAUGCCCCCUUUUAAAUGAACAUAGUAAAAGAGAAAUUUUAGCACGAUCUCAAAACUCUAGCAAAUGUUUAUAUCUUUAAAUGACCACUAGAAACCCCCUGUUUGUUUAUUAUACUCAAUUAUCUCGAAUAUUAGUAUGCCUAUUGACCCCGGACUUCUGCUUUUUAUCUGAUAUUUACCGUAACAAUGUUUAAUCAAUAUUAUAAGAAUUACGUAAACAAUGACCGAUCAACUGGGCAACCCUGUAUACAUAUACAGGUUAUCGGUAUUUAAACUAUAAGAUGUUUUCUUUGUGGUUUUAUCGGGUGAUGAAGGUAGCUAACAUUGCAGAAAAAAGUGUUAGCGGGUUAUAAAAAAAAAAAUUCUGCAAUGAUUUCUACCUUUUUUUCACCCAAUAAAACAACAAAGAAAGACAUUUUAUUUUUUAUAUUCAUAUUUUUAUGUAUUUUUAACAAAAGAAUGUAAACUAGAUUUAAGUACUGAUUUAUCAUAUCAUUGACAAUUUUGUUACUUUAAAGGGAAAAUUAAUAAAACUUGUCAAUAUCAUCACGACUAUCUACGACUUUGACCUUGAUGACGCUCCAUAUUUGGUAAUGAUUUUGCGGACAGAUGAUACUAAAAAAAAAAAAACCCCGGAUCGAACUAGGUUGCAACAAUCAUGUAUUCAUUGUCUGUGAUGAUCAAAAGAAAUAUAAGAGAAAAGAUUCAGUAAAUGUAAACAUAUACCAAUCAUUGAGUAAUUUGAACACCUUGUCUCAGGCUACCAUUGUGUAUAUACCGCAUAAAACAAAGAACCUGCACUCCAUUUCCUAAAUAGAAAUGGUCUAACAAACCUUAGAUACUGCAUGAAAAUGGUUGGUCUUAUAGCAUAUAUGUAGAUUGAUAAUGGUCAUGAAUUCUCAAAAUGCAGAUAACGACCAUUUGUGAUAACGAAGGAUAAAAUUAAAGUAUUAUACAGUAUCUGAUGCUCGUAUGAAAAGCAACUUGUAUAAGGCAUAUCAUAUAUAUUUAAAAAAAAAUUGCCCAACCGCACGUGAUCUAAGAUUAAGUUUGACCGUGUCCUGCUUCUUAUGAACAAAUACGCUAGGUAACUCACUAAAACCUCGACAUUUCCUUCAAGAUGAAUUUACGUCAUACAUCUUCCACGGUGUGUGAAACUUUUUCUAAAACAAAUUAUUUGAAGUUAUGUAGCCAUUCUUUUUCAAAGGAUAGACUCCAAAAAGUUGAAUGUUGUUUGGUUUUGUUUUUUCGUACAGCACUGUCAAGAUGGUUGAAUAUAUAAAACAAACAACUAAGAAUUGCUUUCAGAUGUUUUAAAAAAAUCUUUUUCUUUUUAUACAAUUUUCUAAUUGUCUAGAGUUGUAAAUAGAUAAAAAAGAAGAAAAAGAUGAUCAUUAUUGUCAUAACAAUGGAUGAUAAAACAAAGUUCCGUACCCCCUAACAUCUCCCCGUGUAGGAAUACUAAAAUAUCGGUCACAAGAAACGGUACUCGAAAACAAGUUCAUAUAUAUCCUUUUAAGUAUGGGAUUGUUAGGUAGAAGCUCUUUAAAUCUGCAUGAUGUAUCCUGAAUUUUUAUAAUGAAAAUUUCAUGUGUACACGCGGGCAUCACCAUUUCACAUAGAAUACAGACAGAAAGGAAUGCUGACGUCACGGCCACAAGGAAGUGCAUUAAUUGACUUGUUUAUAAUUAUUGUGCAAUAGUCUAAGUGCAAGUAUACUCACUGAUCCGCCGCCACUCAAUGAACUUACAUGAACGAUAUAAAUCUGACAAUGUAUAUGUAUAUAUCUUAAAAUGUCAAUUUUGUAAUAUGCAAUAAAUAUCUGACAAUUUUGUAUUAUACAAUAAAUAUCUGACAAUUUUGUACUACACAAUAAAUAUCUGACAAUUUUGUACUACAUAAUAAAUAUCUGACAAUUUUGUACUACACAAAUAUCUGACAAUUUUGUAUUAUACAAUGAAUAUCUGACAAUUUUGUAUUAUACAAUGAAUAUCUGACAAUUUUGUACUAUACAAUGAAUAUCUGACAACUUUGUAUUAUACUGUACAAUAAAUAUGUGACAAUUUUAUGAUAUAAAAUAAAUAUCGAAACUUUGA